AUGGCGACUUCGAGUGCUGCUAUCACUGUUUCCAUGGGAGUUCAGCUACGCCCUAAUUCAGUUAAAUCUUUACUUUUGAAUCCCUUCGAAAGAAGAACAUUCGCAGAAAAACUGCAAGUAAAAGAACUCGGACCAGACAAGCCAGAAGUUAACAUUAACCAAGAAACAAGAGAAAAGGAUAAAGCCUACAAGAGGAGUUUUUCCCGAAGUUGGUUCGAUCGAAAGGCUUGGUUAACUAGCUGUGGGGAUGCCAAUGCAAUUUUUUGUUUUCCUUGUAUACUUUUCAAAACUGGUGCGUGUGAUAAUUCAUGGACACAGACAGGGGUGACAGAUCUGAAACAUCUGUCAGAACGGAUCAAGAAACACGAGCGAGCAAGAGUUCAUAUGAACAACUGUGUGAAGCUAGCCAUGCUAGGCCAAAUUAGCAUAGCUGCACAGCUAGAUGAGGGACACCGCAUUGCUGUAAGAAGGCACAAUGAGGAGGUGGACAGGAAUUGUCAUAUUUUGUCAAAGAUCAUCGAUGCUGUGAAAUUUUGUGGUGCCUUUGAACUUGCUCUGCGUGGUCAUGAUGAGAGUGACAAAUCAGAAAAUCCAGGCAUUUUCCGAGGUCUAAUUGAUCUCAUGGCCUCCAUUGACCGUGAGUUGGAGGUGCACCUGGAAAACGCCACCGUUUUUAAAGGCACUUCGAAGACCGUGCAAAAUGAACUGUUGGACUGCAUGUUGUCAGUUCUCAGAGACUGCAUUUUGGAAGAGGUGAAACAAGCAGACUACAUUGCCAUUCAGGCAGACGAGACAACCGAUGUCUGCACUCAUUGCCAGCUUGUGUUUGUGAUAAGGUACAUAGAUGGCAACAAUACCAUCAGAGAACGCUUCUUUGAGUUCAUCGCGCUUCCAAAUGCGACUGCUGAGACGAUUGCAACUGCGCUUUUGGAAAGGCUGAGAAGCAUCCUUCCCGUAGGACAAGAGAGGAAACUAAUUGCCCAGGCCUAUGAUGGUGCCGCAGUGAUGAGGGGUGCUACAGGUGGAGUGCAACGUAAAGUUCAAGAUAUCUACAGGAGUGCCUACUACGUUCACUGUUAUGCGCAUCAGUUGAACCUCAUCAUGCAGCAGGCAACAUCCAAUAUUUCCAAGAUCGGCCAGCUUUUUUCAGAUAUUGGUUUUUUUUCUUCUUUUUUCCACAAGUCGUUCAAACGAAGAACGAUGAAGUGGUGGGUCGUCGACUCCCGGGUGCUUCAACAACGCGAUGGAACUUCCACAGUCGUGCUGUUAACACAGUUUACGAGCACAAAGAUGAACUGGUUAAGUGCUUCCAAACCAUUCGAGACAGAGGAGACUUUAAUGCCAUGUCGAAGAGAGAGGCCGGGGGUUUAUUGAGAAUGUUGGAAGACGAGGCUUUCUGUUUUUUCUUGGCAUUAUUUCACAAGAUCAUGCCACAUGUAGACAUGCUCUUUAACCAGCUGCAGAAGAGGAACAUAGACUCUGUCUUCAUCGCAGGGAUCACCCAAAAGUUCACUCAAAGCAUACAGGUCAUCAGGGACACUGUUCCUUCUCUUGUUGAGGAUGAGGACUAUAGGGGACCUGUACAGGGACCACCCGCGAAGAAACGGAGGGCAAUGGAGGAAGAAACACAACAGCAUCUGGCAAUAGAGGUAAUCCACUUCUUUUUCUGUAUUCCACUAGCCUAUAUGUAUAUUGUUUGCACAUUUUUGUAUUCAGAGUUUUCAUUAUUAGACAUACUAUGUUUACUGUAUAUCUACUGGAGUAUGCAGACAGUCAUUUUUUUCUCCACAUUUGUUUUUUAAUUAUUACUGUUAGCUUUACUUGCUAAAAAAAUAACUGGUAGGAAUAUGCUGAUUUUAUUGUAUUGUUGAACUGGAACAUGUUUUCUGUGGUUAUUAUUUCAUAGGUCUGUGACACCAUUAUGAGCCAUGCCAAGGAGAGGUUUUCUUUCACAAAGCAUCUCAUCAGUGCUACUCUGUUGCAAGGUGACUUCUUCCCACAACACAGCAGAAAGUUCCCAGAUGCAGCGCUGGAAACCACGGUGGAUGCCUAUCCCAUGUUGGACAAAGGCAGGCUUAAAACAGAACUGUCCCUGAUCUAUGACCAUGAGGACUUCAAGGGCUGCAGUGGAGCACUGGCUCUAUUUCAGGUUCUAAUGGGAAAUAACCUGCAAGUCUUCUCAAGAUCCUCAUCACCACACCAAUGUCAACAGCAGAAUCAGAGAGAUGCUUCUCCACCUUAAAGAGGAUAAAGACUUUCCUUAGGAACACUAUGGCACAAGAUCGCCUCAAUGCUCUGGCUAUGCUCUCUAUAGAGAAAAAACUCACAAGGGACAUUCCAGAU